AUGGUGCACCUGCAGUCUUCUCUGGUUCUCAGCACGUUUCCCAUCCUCUUCUGCUUCAGCACAGCAUCUCAGCCUCCAGGCCCACUAAUGGAUCCGCUGACCAAGGGGUCCUGUGGGAGUCAGCUGGCACAAACCCUCCUCUGGAAAGCGAAGUCAUCUCUCUCCUUCGGCAUCCAGCCCCUUCAGACUUGGCCAACAAAAGACCCUGAACUAGAGUCCCAGGUCAACCUCUCUGUCUCAGAAGACCUAGGCUGUAGACGUGGGGAUUUCAGUAGGAAACAUUAUGGAUCUGUGGAGCUGCUUAUCUCUAGUGAUGCUGAUGGAGCCAUCCAAAGAGCAGGAAGAUUCCGAGUGGAAAACGGCUCUACGGACGAGAAUGCAGCUGCUCUGCCAGGCACUUGGCGAAGAACAGACGUGCACUUAGAAAACCCAGAGUACCACACCCGGUGGUAUUUCAAGUACUUCUUAGGACAAGUCCAUCAGAACUACAUUGGAAACGAUGCGGAGAAGAGCCCCUUCUUCUUGUCUGUGACCCUUUCUGACCAGAACAACCAACGUGUCCCUCAGUACCGUGCAAUUCUGUGGCGGAAAACAGGCACGCAAAAACUAUGCCUUCCCUACAGUCCCACAAAAACGCUGUCUGUGAAGUCCAUCUUAAGUGCCAUGAACCUGGACAAGUUUGAGAAAGGCCCCAGGGAAAUCUUCCAUCCCGAGAUACAGAAGGUACAGGAAGCUGUGGGGCUUCAUAACAACCCAUGGACUCAGUCUCACCUCACCAGGACGGUAGGGCGGGCUGGUCUGGUCAGAGAGAAGUGUGGUGUCAGGAUCAGGGUCAGGUUCGUAGAGCUGUAG